AUGGUAGUGUUUCCAGACGAUACCUGCACCAUCCCUUUAGACACAUCAGCAGAUGCACGUCUCGAGGCAGUAGCGAAGAUCUUGACCGCAUACACGGGACAUUCCCUGUACGCUUACGAAAGCGAAUCAACAUGGCACUUAGGGGUGGACAGACAGGCGUCUUUCACCAUCGAUCCGCGUGGCGAGACAGCGACAAUUGAGACGGACACCACUAGCUUAUCUACUGCAAUGACCGGAGAUAGUAUCAAGAAGGUCAUUGCAGCCUUUACUUCUCGCCAUGCCCAAGACAGAGGGAUGAUAUUCGGCCAGAUCGGCUUCAACUACUCUGCUUACAUCAAUGGGGUCGACUUUGAGGCGGGCUCGUGGCCAUUGGUCAGUCUCUUAGUCCCGCGGUUGCAAAUUCGUGUCCAAAAGGGCGCGGUCUCGCUCCGUAAUUGGACCGAAAAUGAUUUGCGAGUCAUCAAAACAGCCCUGUCACAACCUUCUUCGCGCUCUUAUGCGCACGGCCGGCCUGAUGAAUCAACAGAUGGAGAGCAGUAUCGGGAUGUCGUGCGGCAAGCACUGGGCGAGAUCAGCAGAGGGUCAUAUCAAAAAGUCAUUGCCUCUCGGGCCAUUAAUUUAUCACACCGAGUCGAUAUGGUGGGAACUCUAUUAUGCGGACGACGCGCCAACACGCCUAGGCGCGCAUUUCUGGUUGACCAUAACGGGUUCAGUGCCACCGGAUUUAGUCCGGAGCUUGUCAUGUCUUUUCAGGAUGGGAAAGUCGCCACCGAGCCGCUUGCCGGAACCAGGGCCAAUGUAGGCACGGAAAAGGAGCGUUCGCGGCUACGGAAUGAUCUCCUUAAUGACCCCAAGGAAGUCAUAGAGCACAUCAUCUCAGUCCAGGAAGCAAUGCGGGAAAUGAAUCAAUUCUGCGCGAAUGGCACUGUGGCCGUGGCCGAUCUCAUGUCUGUGAAACAAAGGGGAAAGGUGCAACAUCUUGCUUCCACCGUCACUGGGACUCUCUGCCCGUUCAAGGACGUAUGGGACGCUUUGAACGUGUUGUUUCCAGCGAUUACGGCUACCGGGAUCCCUAAAACGAAGGCCAUUGAGGCCAUCUCUCGCCUGGAGACUCGCCCUCGCGAACUCUACUCGGGAGCUAUUGUCUUUUUUGAGGGAUCCAAAUCAGUCAAGGCAUCCUUGGUCCUUCGCUCGGUCUUUCAAGAUUCUGAACGUAGCUGGCUGCGAGCCGGAGCGGGAAUAAUAGCCUUGUCGAACCCGGAUCGGGAGCUCACCGAAACGUGUGAGAAGCUGCGAAGCGUUGCUGGUUUCGUGAUUGUCGAUCACAGAGAGUGA